AUGUUGCCAAUUACUAUUGUUGCUCUGUUUGCGGCCUUUGCCGCCGCCACGCCGUCCUCUCCUCUUCCUAUUCCGAAGCGUGGCCUACACGGUGGACUGGUCGUUCGGGCGGAAACAGCCACUGGGACGAACAGUACCAAGGGAGGCAAGGGAAGCAUCCGUGGCUGCGAGGACCUCAAGACCAACGGGCCCGUGAUCAGUUACAAGGUGGUCUCGGGCGACACGCUUACCAAGCUGACGGCGGCGUACCAGUCUGGCAUCUGCAACAUCGCCAAGGAAAGCAACGUCACCGACCCGGACUCCAUCGCCGUCGACCAGAUGCUCAGGAUCCCCACCGGCCUCUGCACGCAAAACGUCGACAACAACACCUGCCUCAAGUCCACGGCCACAAAUCCCAACACAGACGCACAGGGUACAUGUCUCAAGAAGGGCCCCUUCACGUACACCGUCAAAAAAGGCGACAAUUUUACCACUAUCGCCAAGUCUCUGGGGCUACAGGAGUCGGCCGUGUCCGGUGCUAACAAAGGUGUUGAUGGCCUCCAUUUGCCGGUCGGUUCGACCGUCAACUUGCCCAAGUGCUCGUCGUAG